GCCAAGCUGAACAACAGCUUCGUUCUCUACGAAUAAAAGUGCUUUCGGAUAAAAGCUGUAAAACUUUUUAUAGCUAUUUACAUUUUUUUUUAUUAUUUGUCUAACAAAGAGAGGAAAUUACAAGCAAUCAUGAUUACAAUCCCGGAGUUUUAUAGCAACCGAGAUAUUUUCAUAACUGGUGGAUCAGGUUUUGUUGGAAAAGUCUUAAUUGAAAAACUACUCCGUUCAUGUUCUGGAUUACGAAAUAUUUACAUUUUGAUGAGAACAAAGCGAUCGAAAACAAUAGAUGAGAGGCUGGAAGAAAUAAAAAACAUGGCUCUGUUCAGUGGAUUAAUGGAAACGAAUCCAAAAGUUUUUAAUAAACUCGUACCAAUCGAAGGUGAUGUGACUGUCGUUGGCCUCGGAAUAACAGAUGAAUCACGUGCAUUACUCAAGGAUAUUUCAGUUAUUUUUCAUUCAGCAGCGUCCGUACGUUUUGAUGAAAAUUAUAAGACUGCAAUCAUAUUAAAUACUAAGGGAACGCACGAAGUCAUUGAAUUUGCCCUCACGCUCAAGAACUUGGUAUCGUUCGUGCACGUCUCAACGACUUAUUGUUAUCCGGAUCAUCAUUUUAUCGAUGAAAAGCUCUAUCCGGUGCCCGGUGACUGGCAGACGACAAUUAAGAUAGUGGAAAAUGUUGAUGAUGAGUUAUUGGAGUGCUUUAUGCCAAUUUACAAUAACUUCAAACCAAAUUCAUAUGUCUAUGCUAAAGCAUUAUCUGAGCAUGUCUGUGAAAGCUAUAAAAAUAAAAUUCCAAUUACCAUUGUUCGUCCAUCUAUCGUUGUCGGAACUGAAAUGGAACCGAUUGGAGGAUGGAAUGACAAUUUUAAUGGACCAGUUGGUCUUCUAACAGCCUGCGGACUAGGCAUUAUGCGAACGAUGUAUGCAUCCAACAAAGCUCUAUUGAAUUGCGUUGCUGUCGAUGUUGUUGGAAAAACUUUAAUUGUUGUGGGAUGGAAAAAUGCAAUAGACAAUGGUGUACAGUCUGCUGUGACAUUAGGGGAAAGUGCAAAAGUGGAAGUUAAUAAAAAUUGUGGACAAUUGCAGGUCUACAAUUGUGCAUCGACACAUAAUAUGGAUCUAGAAUUGUUGGUGUAUGAUGGCCAAUAUAGUAUUAGAAAAUAUCCGUUUGAAAAAUGUGUUUAUUUGCCAGGCGGUGGAGUUACAUUAUGUAAAGUCAUGAAUUAUUUUCGGAUCGUUUGCUUCCAACUCGUACCAGCUGCGCUCAUUGACCAAGCUUUGACAUUAAAAGGAAAGAAAGCAAUGCUGAUGUCGCUUCAGAGAAAAAUUGCGGCUGCAAGUGUUGCAUUGAAGAAUUUUGUGUUCACAAAAUGGAAGUUUGGGACGGAAAACUUUAAGAAUUUGAAUAAGAUUGUUUUGAGUGAUGACUUACAAGACUUCUGUAUGGAUAGGAAAGUGAAGAACAACCGAGAGUAUUACGAAAUACAAAUUCUAGGCGCUCGGAGAUAUCUCAUGAAGGAGCCUGAUUCAUCGAUUCCAGCAUGUCGUCGAAGGAUUUAUCUACUUUUAAUAUUUGACAUUUUCUUUCGUAUUCUGCUGUUUGGAUACAUCUUUUAUUUGUUGGGGAAAAAGAUCAAUUUGUUUGACAACAAAAUUCCCUUUUUUGAAUAUCGCAACGAUACAAUUGCUCAAAGAAUUUAAUUUAAUAACCUCGAGAAAUUUGAAUUUUUUAUUGUAUUUUGUAGAUUUGGACCUUUUUAUUUUGGUUCCAUUUAAAAUUUUCUGUUUAUGCUGAAUAAAAAAGGAAAAAUUAUGCGAA